GCUGCCGCGGCCAUGGCCAACAACGCAGACAUUUUCAUGGUGAUGAUGAAGUCGGACAGCAAGCACAUGACUGCUUCGCAGAAGGAGCUCUUCAAGAAGCAUCGUGUGCAGCUGCUGGACGUGGACUGGGACACUCCGCCCAACAUGAAGGGCUACAAGGAGGGAGGUUGGUGCGGACACCAGGACUUUAUCCGCCUUCACGUCCUCGGCAUGGAAGGCUACGAUGCUGUGGCCUACUACGACACGGACAUCGAGUUCCAGGGAGACAUCACGCCCGUGCUUCGCUGCGCCGCCUCGGGCAAGUUCCUCUCGACCAACGGAGGUGUGGGAGAACCUCUGAACGUCGGCUUCUUCGCCCUGAAGCCGGACAAGCGCUUGUUCCAAGCUUCCUUGAAUUUCGCCAAAGAAGCGGACUUUUCCCACGACCACUCGUGGGGCCAGAUGGGGUGGAAGCCCGCCGGUGGCUACUUCAUUGGAGGGGAGUGUGGACAAGGAUUCUGGUACGCCUUGUUUUACAAGUCUGGGGGUUUGGCCCAGAAAGCGCUGGAGUCGGUUGGACUCGCCUCUGUGGAUGCUGCGCAGAUCGACCGGUGCAUCUGGAACUACCAGACGAGCUACAUGUGCGCCCGCGAUCUGGACUGCAACCGGGUGCGGGUUCAUCACAAGCCCACGCGCCACACGAACGGGCCCGAGGAGUGCCAGAAGCUCAAGUUUCGGACUCCGAAGAAGUAA